CUGUCCCAAUAUGCACAGUAUAGCACGUACACGUACAGAGCUAGCGUAUAAUACGAGCUGUUCAGACUGCGGAUAUCGGACUAGACGAGAUAGAGCCGAGAUCAUCAUCCGACUUGUUCUAUUAUUGGGGUCAGUUCUUAAGAGUCAUGUCUGUCGCGCAGGAUCAGAACAUCAACAAGCAUCUGAAAAGGAAGGCCCCAGACACUGAGAGACACAAUGGAAAAGUGACACGAAAAGUGGAAACGGCAGAAGAUGCCCUGUCUUCUUCUGCAGAGCCGAUCUACUUGGAUUACAAUGCGACCACACCGGUAGCGCCAGAGGUCAUUGAGGUCAUAUCAGAAACCUUAUCAGCAGCUUGGGGGAAUCCAAGCAGUUCUUAUCCACAAGGUCAACUAGCCAAGCAGUUAAUCAACAAAGCCAGGUCACAGGUUGCUGCAAUGGUAGGGGCAUCCCCCAGUGACAUCAUCUUUACAUCAGGUGGAACAGAGGCAAAUAACCUGGUCAUCCAUACAGCCAUCGAGCAUUUCAAGAACAGUGUAGGCACAUCCUCAUUAAGCAGACCACACAUCAUUACAUCCAACCUAGAACAUGACUCAAUCAAACUUCCCCUGGAACAUCUAGUGAAUCAAGGAAUUGCCGAUGUGACCUUUGUACCAGCCUCCAUAGAAACGGGAAGGGUGGAAGCACACGCCGUUAUCAAUGCUGUUCAACCGACCACCUGCCUCGUCACAAUAAUGCAUGCAAACAACGAAACGGGGGUCAUCCAGCCAGUAGAAGAGAUAUUUCAGAGAUUAAAAGGAAUGACCCAUGACCCUCCCCUGCUUUUACCCAGAAUCCUCUUGCACACCGACGCUGCUCAGACGAUAGGCAAGAUCAGGGUUGAUGUUGAUGAUCUGAAUGCAGACUAUUUGACGAUAGUUGGUCACAAGUUUUAUGCCCCAAGGAUAGGUGCAUUGUAUGUGAGAGGCCUUGGAGAUUCUACCAGCGACAGAGGUGCACCUCUGUACCCCAUGCUGUUUGGAGGAGGACAAGAAAGAAAUUUUAGACCAGGGACAGAGAAUACGGCCAUGAUAGCAGGUUUAGGCAAGGCUGCUGAGAUUGUAACAGAGAAUGUGAAGCAGUUUGAAGCCCAUAUGAGAAGAGUACGAGACUAUCUUGAAGAACGCAUCGAGUCCACGUUCCCAGGUCAAGCGUGUUUCAAUGGAAAAUGUAAGGGAAGCGAGCGGAUACCCAAUACGUGCAAUGUUUCUUUCCUCGGUAGAAAUCGACAAGGAAGAAAGGUUUUGUCAGAGGCAAAAAUAUUCCAGGCCAGUGUUGGAGCUGCAUGUCAUUCUCAUACUGGAGACAGACCAUCACACAUUUUGCUUGCCAUUGGAGUUCCAAAUGAGGUGGCUGUCAAUGCGUUGAGACUAAGCGUCGGACGUCACACCACCAUCGAGGAUGUUGAUAUGAUUCUGAAGGAUCUCCAAGAUUCUCUAAGAACAUUGGACUCGGAGGUAGAUUCUUAGACAUAUAUGGGAUGGUAUUCCGAUAUAAUGAAACCUAGCUUUAACCCUAGGCUAAACUAUAACUUUAAAUCACACUCCUGUUGAGUGCUUGGCUUCAUAAUAUUUCUUCCCCAUUUGUGGCAUUUAUAAUGAAUCAAUUAAUUUAUUUAUUAGAACAUAUUUAA